AUGGAUCCUACUUCUAGAACUAAGAAGCCUAAAGGGACUAAGCUCCCUGAGAAGACAUAUCUUCCAGACUCUAACUCCGAUGAAGAUGCAUUUGACUUUAGCUUCUUGGAUUUUUGUAAAGAAACUUUCAAAGCCCCCUCAAGUUUAUGUGAUGAUCAGUUUCUUAACUUAUUGUGUGAUGAAAACCUAUUAAGGAGAAGUAUUGAUGGAAUGGUAGAUGAUAGAGACAUUCCUGGUUUCCAACAAAAAGACCAAGCCCACUUAGAUGAGGACAAUGAAGAUGUUGGUGUGGAGAGGGUGCAUGAUCCCAAUGUUGACUAG